AUGAAUAUAUUCCGAGACUAUCGAAUCGUACAAAAUCAAGUUCUUACCGAUGAGUUUAUCAAACGAAGCCUUAUAGCACUCAAAGUUCAACUUGGCGUUUCUUCAAAACAAAUUUAUCCAAAAGGGUCUAUUUCAGUUUCUGACGACUGUUUUAUUAUUGCUAUCCUUAAUAAACUUAAUUCAUUCAUUAUUGCAAAGGUUUAUGUUGUUAUGGAUUAUGAAAUGCUCCCAGGAAUGGUGAAAUACCCACCAAGACAUUAUUUUACAGUUAGUGCCGUUGUCACAGUUGCAAAAGAGUUUACAUCAGUUGUGCAUAUGCUCAAUGCUGUUGCAGCCCAGAAAAAAAUAUCCCCCUAA